UGGUCGGCUAGGUUAAGACGGGAGGGUGUUUUACUGAGUGAAUCCGUGACAGGAGCUAGCAAGUUUGUUUCUCGGAAACCGCCGCUACAAGCUUGUAUUUUGGUCAGACAGUUAAGUGUGGACAUUAUGGUGUUGACUUUUUGAUCCCCAUUUAGCUCUGGAGUGAGAUUAUGCAAUUAUUGAACCGCUAAAAGUAAUACUGUUUUACAGUCGUAACGACGGAACGAGAUGGUGGUUGUUAGUAAAUAAGUGCAUUCCUUAAAGAAUGACUACGACAGCCUAAGCAUACACCAAGAUGAACUGGAUGUGUUGUUCUCUAAAUGUGAUGUUCCUGCUUGAGUCUGUGCUUGGUAUACUCCCCGCGCCAUCGAACGUGUCUGUUAACUCCGUUAACUUCCUUCACAUCCUGCAUUGGAAUCCUGGGCCUGCCACCCCCCCAGGUGUCCAGUAUAAGGUCUUUUCAAGGUUAAGCGGAGAAAAGGAGAAAAAAACACAGAAUGAUAACACGACAACCGCAACAUCUUUACAGCUGAAUUUGGACAAAUAUAAAUAUUAUUUUACUGUCCAAGCAUUCUACAAUGGAACCUGGUCUCCGGAGUCUGAAGAAGUCUCCUUCUCUCCAUUUGAACAAACUAUAAUAGGUCCUCCAGAAGUAACGGUGACCGAAUGUGGCAACUGCAUUCAAAUCAACAUGUCCCUGCCAGAGGCUGACAAAAGCUCAGGGAUACCAAACAAUGACAUCAUGGCCAUCUACAAAGCUAAGUUCAGGGUCUUGUGGAAGAGAUCUAAUAAAAUUGAGGAGGUUUACAAAACCGAAGCCAGGAGUGUUAAAAUUAACAAUUUGGAGAAAGGCAAACAGUACUGUGUCCAGAUUCAAACUGAGAUUACCAUGAAUAAAAAUACUGAGCCAUCAACCUGGGUAUGCACCACCACAUCGAUUGCAGAGUUAGACAGAGUACCUGUUCUUGGCAUAACUCUUGGUCUUCUGAUAUGUUUCACUGGUGCCUUGAUGACAUUGACAUGUUGUCUGUAUUACACUGGAUUCCUUUGUAAACUUCAAGCAUCCCUCCCAAGAGCACUAAUUAUGGCCCUCAUGCAUGCCAAAUCUCUGCCAGUAGAGGAAACUAGCCCUGAUCUGAUCUCAGUUUGCUCGGAUACAUCCAAGCAGAAGUACACUAUCACCACAUCAUUAUGUCCUACCCCCAGAAUCACCUGUUCAGGGAUGAAAGAUGAGGAGGUUGGUGAAGAAGAGGAAGAAAAUGAAGGAAGUAAUUUCUAUAUUAACAGAGAUGGUGAAAAUUUAUCAAGGGAAAGUUCCUGUCAUGACUCUUGUAAUGUAUUAAGGACAAGUUUGACUGCAAAGUCACGCGCUGAAGCAGAUACAUCUGAUAUAUCAUCUGAGACUGUUCCAGCGGAGCUCGAUCAACUCAAGACUGGAGUUGAAAAUGACACUUUUUUGUCUCGGUGGCCAGAAAUGGAAGUCAAGGAGCAACUCAUAUUUGAGUUGGGAGAGGAAAUGGAUGAAAAGACUGUCAACAUGUCUGAAAAUGUCAACCUAUCAUCAGUGACCCUGACUGCCAUAGCCAUCCACGAGAAAGGACAACUAAAUAGUGAAGACUCACAUGCUGAUUCUUUGAGGCUGUCUGAAUUGGAACCUUUAAUGUUCGCAGCCACAAAGCAAAGUUUGCUACACACAGACAUGCCAACAGACUCAGAUGACUUGACAUCAACAGAGUGUACGUGUUUUGGUGAGACCGGCUAUGAGUAUAGAUGUGAUGAUCUUGAAACACAAGAUAAGUUGGGGAAAGAACAAUUCUUGGGAUAUAUGGGACGAUAAUAUGCUUCUGCAACAGUGUUACAUACAUUAAUGAUAAAAAAUAAUUAUAAUAAUCGUCACUCUUGUUG